GAAGAGGGAGGAGACUGAGUGGGUUUGGUCCCUUUUUUUCUGCAUACACUCACAUGAGCUCUCUGAAGUUGGAAAGCAAAGUGUGUAACGGACUGAAGCGCACAGGAGGAGAAGACACACAGACACACACACACACACUCGCCAGCUUAACUACAAGGCAUCAUGUUGUUCCUCCUCGGCGGCAUUUUUCUCCUGCACGUAGGGACGGUCAUCCUCCUGCUCGCUGCCACCAUUGAGAAUGCCUGGUGGACUAAUGGGUUUAUGAACACUGAUAUCUGGGUUCGGUGGUACUGGCAUGAUGGUCAGUGGAACCAAACAGCACUUCCAAGCACCUAUCCUGAAGAUUACCUCCAGGCAGUGCAGGCCUGUUCAAUAUUAGCGUGUGUGUUUUCGGGGAUUGGUUUGUUCGUGUUCCUCGCUCAGCUCUUCACACUGCCCAAAGGAAAACGUUUCAUCCUGUCUGGAGUGUUCCAGCUGCUUGCUUGUCUGUUUAUUAUGAUCGCUGCCUCCAUCUACACUGAUAUUUUCCACAAGAAUGAGAAAGGAUUUUACGGUCCGAGUUUCGUCAUUGCCUGGGUCGCCUUCGCUCUCACCUUCAUCUCCUGCGUCAUCUACUUCAUCCUGCGCAAGAAAACAACCUGAGCAGCUCACACACUCCUACACACACCUACACACUCUCACACACUCCUACACACUCUCACACACUCUCUCUCUCUCUCUCUCUCUCUCACACACACACACAAAACACAGCUUGAUCAGAUAUGUGUGAUUGUAGAAGGAGAUGAUUGUUUAUAUGCAUUAAUUCAUUCGCAUAAUCCAUAAACUGGAAAAUGGUGAGGUAGAAGGGAAAAAAAAUCAGAACAGAGGAACAAAAUGUGUGUGUGUGGUGUGUGUGUGUGUGUGUGUGUAUGUGUGUGUGUGUGUGUGUGUGUGUAUGUGUGUGUGUGUGUAAAAAGCUAAA